AUGACGGCCGACUCGGAGAAUGAAAAGCACGAUGCAAUCGACUACGAGAUUGAGAAUGCGCAGGAUCCGCGGCGGACGGCGGCGCUGACCAAGAGCGUGCUGUUCAAGAUGGACACGAGGACCAACGUCGGCAACGCCAAGAUCCUCGGCCUCGAAGCCGACCUGGGCAUCUCAGACGAGCAGUACUCCCAAGGCCUCGCCGUCUUUUACGCCACCUACAUUGCCUGCGAACUCCCCAGCAACCUCGUCCUCAAAAAGGUGUCCCCCCGCAUAUGGCUGCCCUCCCUCACCGUCGCCUGGGGCAUCAUCACCAUGUGCCUCGGCUUCGUCCGCUCCUUUGGGAGCUUCGCCGCCGUGAGGGCCCUCCUGGGCGUCGCCGAGGGCGGCCUGUUCCCCGGCAUCGUGCUGUACCUGUCGAGCGUGUACACGCGCGGCGAGCUGGCGCUGCGCCUGGGGCUGUUUUACGCGGCUGCUUCACUGUCGGGCGCCUUUGGGGGGUUGCUCGCCAGGGGGUUGUCGGCGAUUGGGCCCAGGGGGGGACUGGAGGGUUGGAGGUGGAUCUUCAUCGUUGAGGGGCUGCUGACGGUUGUUUCUGGGUUGAUUGCUUUCGCUGGGCUGCCAAACAACGUGGCCAACGCUUGGUUUCUUUCGACGGAGGAGAGAGACUUUGCUGCCCAGCGGCUGGCCAACGACAGCGGAGGACGCUUCAACCCAGCACGUGAAGCCGAGGAGUUGUUCAAGUGGUCUGAAGUCAAGCGCGGCAUCUUCAACGUCCAGAUCUGGCUCACGUCGACGGCGUACUUUGCCUUGCUCUCGGGCGUAUACUCUUUCGGACUCUUUCUGCCCACCAUCGUCAACGAUCUCAAAAUCACCACCAAUGCAAACAAGGUCCAGCUCUGGACCGUCAUCCCCUACGCCGUCGCAACUCCCACCACCAGUCCGUUCGACCCCAUCACACACACACCGACCCCCUCAUACGACGUAUCCCCUUGCAUUGCUAACCCCGGCGUCUCUCCAGUCCUCGUCGCCUUCGUCUCGGACCGCAUCAAACUCCGCGGCGCCCCCAUGCUCGCCAUGCUGCCCAUUUCCAUCGCCGGCUACGCCACCAUUGCGCACGUCCAGUCCCCCAGCGUGCGCUUCGGCAUGACGUGCCUCAUGGCCAUGGGCAUGUACAGCUCCGUGCCGUGCGUGCUGGUCUGGAACGCGAACAAUUCCGCCGGGCACUUUAAGAGGGCGACAACGUCCGCUUUGCAGCUGGCCGUGGCCAACUGCGGAGGGUUUGUUGCCACUUUCAUAUACCCCAGCAAGGACGGGCCCGUCUAUCUCAAGGGACACUCUGUCGUCCUGGGACUCUUGUGUUAUGCAUGGUUUGCAGUGUUGGCCAACCUGCUCUAUUGCGCCAAGAUGAACCGGGAUAAAAAGGACGGCAAGUAUGCGCAGUUUACGGGCUCUGGAGAUGACCGCGACCCCGAAUUCGAUAUGAUUCUAUAAGCUGCCUCUGUUUAGUUUGUUAUGCCGUUAUAUCCAGCGAAUUCGCGAUUAUAAUGCUAAUAAUAACAAUAUCUUUGCAAUG